AUGAAUCCAAGCCUACAUGCCACCAAUGUCAAAAGCGUGGGGUGCCCUGCGGGGGCUACAAGAAAGAUUUCAAAUGGAGACCCUUCGAAGAAGCCAGUCUUGGAAAGGCACCUAAGCCUGCACGUAAAAAGAUCUUCUCCAUUAUCUAGCCCAGAAGCAUCUAUCACCACACCUCCCGCCGCGCCUGUCGGAGUUGCCCAAUCCUCGCCUUUAGAAUCCAACUUCGGAUCUCCAUCUGCGCACCAGUCGCAAUAUGGGUCUCCACAGGAUGCGCCAUGUGUGCAUGAACAACGUUCGUCCAGAUCUCCAAGUAGUUUUAAUUUAGGUUCGGCAUUCUUACUACCCCUGGAUUCCCUGGGUCACGUAACAUCACCGUCGACUCCGGCUCAACCGGGUCUUCUUGGGCCGCAACAUACAGGGGGACUUACUCUCACCAGCCCGCCGGACCUAGCACCAACUCUCCCGGACAAUAGGAAUGGUAUUCCUGGUAUAUCAACCGAAUUUGAUGAAAAUACGCCAGCGGAUACCUCGAGCUCACUCGGCCCUAUGAAUUGUUUGAUUCCGAUCACUUCCGCAUCCCAGGGGUUCAUAGGUGCUCCAUCGUUUGUGCAUCCGGUGCCACUUUAUUCCCCCGCAGUUGAUAUACAGGAUACGAUCCCAACAAUUGUGAAAGAAGAGCCCGAAGAGAGCGACGAGAUUGAGGAAGUUAUCCGCUCGGUUCCAAACUCACAGUCUGACUGGGUGAUCCCAAUACCCUCAUCUGCUUCUGCCAAUCCAUCAAGAUCUAGCUCUUCACGUGGAGAAGCAUUUGUAAGCAUAAACGAUAUAUUCCGUCGACCCGCGGUUACGGCAACCAGUCAGGAAAUGCUUGUACUGCACUUUGAUAAGAAUACAUGUGGCAUAAUGUCGGUCAAGGAUGGCCCUAACGAAAAUCCGUGGAGAACCCUUAUUUGGCCACUUGCACGAGAUUCACCGGCACUCUAUCAUGCGAUCGCAUCCAUGACAGCCUUCCACAUGUCUGGAGGUAAACCAGAACUUAGGGUGGAAGGGAUGGAACAUAUGCGUAGCUCGAUCCGCUGUCUGGCCAAUGACAUAGGCUGCGGUGAUACCCGGAACGAGGCGGCACUCGCGACUACUCUCGUGCUUGCAUUUUCCGAAGCGUUUGAUCAGCAUAUAUCCACUGGGAUAGAGCAUUUGAGAGGGGCUAAGAUCCUCGUCAGGCAAGCUCUGGCGAAGCACAGCGCUUCUAGCCCCGACGAGGUUGCCCACAAGAGAUUGGGUUUCUUGUAUAAUGUUUGGGUUUAUCUUGAUGUUCUCGCCCGUCUGACCUCCGAUGAAGAUGAAGAUGAUCAAGGGCCUGUAACGGUCAACAGGCCCUUAACGCCUAUAAGUGAGAUUGACCCGUUGAUGGGUUGCGCAGCCACCCUCUUCCCUUUGAUUGGAAGGGUUGCGAGUCUUGUUCAAAAGGUCCGCCAAACCGAUCAGAAUACAUAUGAUAUUAUCAACGAGGGUAUGGGGAUUAAGAAUCUACUCGAACGGUGGGCCCCUGAAUCCCACUAUGAUCCUCCCGUGGACAGUUCCAGCAAUGUCGUGCAUUGUGUCAAAACCGCAGAGGCAUACCGUUACGCAACACUUUUAUAUCUCCACCAGGCCGUCCCGGAGCUGCCGUCUCUGGGCUCUCGUGAGCUUGCGCAGAAGGUAAUGCUAUUGAUUGCUGAUAUCCCCAUGUCCUCUCGGAGUUGCAUAGUGCAUAUAUAUCCUCUUCUCGCUGCUGGUUGUGAGGCAAUAACUGAAGGUGAAAGAUCCUGGGUCAAGAGCCGUUGGGAGGACAUGUGCUCGAGGAUGUGGAUCGGGAACGUGUCUAAAGCCUGGGAGGUUAUGAAGGAGGUCUGGGACCGUAGAGAUAGAUUCUGGGAAUCACAGGAAGCUAUACAGAGAUAUUCCCUAUCUCCGACCGGCGCACGGUUCUGUUCUCCAACCUUGGAUGCUCCAAUUUAUAAACGCAUAAGUCCUGUGGGAUCUGAGAUGGAGGAGGUGUAUGGGUGGGGAGGCGCUGCCUUGACCGAAAAUGACGACAUGGGUCUUAAGGGACGAGCUAUGACUGAUGAUUCCUCUGGGAGCACUCCUUCGGAAAUACUUGCGGAGCAUGAGAUGUCGGUGAGGGGGAAGCUGCACUGGGUUGGCGUUAUGAAGGAUUGGAAAUGGGAAGUCCUCCUUGGUUAAAGCAAUUCCUUGUACAUUGGCCUCCGGGGCAUUGCGUUUUUCGUUUUCAUAUAUAACCCCCAUAAUCCCCUCAAUUCCAUUUUUCAUCAUUAUCGGUUUGAUAUCGUUGGUCGGAGAAGGCGCAUGUUGGCUUUGGGUUUUCUGUCUUAUUUUGUCUGUUGGUCCGAUUGGAUUGUUACCCGCUUUGACUUGAUUUCAUAGGUUUGUUUUAUUAGCGUUUUUUUUUUGUUGUUUGUUAUCUUUUCGUUUCUUUUAUUUUUUCGGUCAGGUGAAUAAAAAUUGUUUGUAUUGUUGUUUUAUUGUUUUAUUUUUGGUUCCUCUUGAAAUUUCGAUAUUCCCUCGGCAUCUUCGGGAUAGGGAAGGAAGGGUGGGAGGAGGGUGAAAGAAAGAGUCAAGCAGGAUGGGUAAGAGAAGAAAAGAACAACGGAACGGAGAAUACAUCAGGGAGAGAUGUAGAGGAAGAGGGGGGGAGGAAUUAACAAUUAUUGAAAGGAGAGGGAACGGAGAACUAAAACUCUUA